AUGAGCCGGCGAGCCUCGCAGACACCCACCUCGCCCGCGGCGGGCGGCGCGGAGGAGGCAGUCGAGGGCAAGACUGGAGCGUCUGGCGCCUUUCCUCUUCCUCAGCUGUCUUCUCUGUACGAAGGGCGCGGCGGCGCCCGCUGGCGCAGUCGGCACGCGCCGGGUAUCUUCCGCGUGGAGUUCCCUGACGAGCCGUGCUCCGCUGUGAUGCAAGCGGCCUCUUCACUCUCUGCGCAAAUUCGGCUCAUUCAGGAGCAGCGCACGCAGCUGCGGCGGCUCAAGCGGCGGCAAGUCGCACCGCUGCCGCGCAAGCACUGGCUCUACAUACAGGCAAAGCGCCUGGAGGAAAUGGACUCGCUGACAGCGCCCGCAGCCUCUGCGGCGGCGUCUGCGCAGGCGCUCUCCUCUUCAUCGCCUUCGGAUCCCGACGCCUCGCGGGGGGGUCCUGGCGCAGAGGAAGACGCCGCGCAGGGCGCCUCGAUUUUCUCAGAAGACGGCGGAGACAUCGACGCGCACAUUCGCGCCUGGCGCCGGCGGAAGGGCCUGCCGGAGGACCCCAACGCGGAGACUGGCAAGGAGAGACGCCGCAGACUCCGUGAAGAGAGGAAGCGCGAACAGAAGCGGAAGGUGAGGUGGGAGUUGCCCUCGCCGUCUCCGAGCUCGACUCCUGGGGAGCACGCUGCCGCCAGCGGCCAACUCGCCUCAGCCCCGGCGACAGGCACGCAGGGCUUCGAGAGAAUUCCUGCGCCUUCGUCCGCGCCGAGCGCGGAUCGGUUACUUCAGCUCGAGGCGUAUGGGGGUCGCGGUUGCGCACCUGCCUCGCCUCAGACUUCCACGCCCUCUCCAGCGCCGGGCUUUGCCUCCGCCUCCUCUGUCUCCUCCGACGGAGACCGCGAGGCCAAGCCCUGCUUCACUUGGGACUGGCAGGAGGGUCAGGGGCCUUCCGCGGCUUCGACCGAGGCUGCAAGGGAGGCCGCCGCCGGGCUCAACGCGCCGCUCGACGAGGGCCGCGAACGCAGGCGGCGGAAAAGCAGGAAAGAGCGGCGCGCGGAGAUCCUCGCGAACCGCCAGGCCGUCUCCCUGGGCGCGCCGCCUCACUGGAUGGCGAGAAACAAAGUCGAGCCGCAUCGCUUCAUUCAGCAGCUCGCGCUGACAGAGACUCCUUCGCCUCUCCCGUCUCGCGCGGACGAGGGGCGGGGGGCGGAGGCACACGAGAGAGAUUGCAUGCACACGGGUGGAGCGGCAGCUCCCAGAGGCUCGCGGAGACAGACAGGCUCGUCGUGUCCGGCUCCAGGCUGCCUGCGCGAGGGCGAGCGUCUUCUCGGCUGUGAGGGGGGCAGGGACGCAGGCGCAGGCGAAGAGUCGAGAGCGAGAGUCGCCUGGAGAGAAGCUGAAGCUCAGCCAAGUCUGCAGCUCGAAGUUGGCGCAGACGGAAAGGGGACGAGCGCGAUUUCAGCUGCUGCCGCGUCGGCAACUCUCUCUGCGGGGGGAGGUGAGGCGGCGGAGGCGCCUGCGGAGACCAGUCUGGUGGCGGUCGCAGGGGCGCGGGCCUCGUCGUCGACUGGGGGCGGUCGCGGCGACUCGUCUUCGGAUCGCUUUUCUGACGGCCUGCUGGACUCUGGCGCCAGUCUCGUCAGGCAGCUGAAGCGGCGGGCGCUGCAGUACGAGGCCACAGGGGUCGACCCGUCGCUGUUGGAUGCGUGGGCGUCGUCUGCGGGGUACUACCCGGGGAUCGAACGCCAUCAGAGGGCGACGGAGCUGCGCGAGCUCUCUCGGCUUUCGUUUCAGGAUCUGCUGGCCUCUGGGCGUGGCUCGGUGAAAAACUUCAAUGCGCUGAUCAAGGCGCGCGUCUACGCGGACGACUUCGCGGCGGCACUCGACAUUCUGGAGAAGAUGGGGCGACACGGAUUCCCCCCCGACGAGGAGUCGUUUGUUCACCUCAUUGGCGGGGCGGCGCGCCAGGGCGACAGCGCGGCGGCGCGCAUGCUGUUUCUGAAGAUGCGCUGCGCGCUCGCGUCGCCGCCGUCGUCGCGCGUGUACGCCGCACUGAUUCAGGCACACGUAGCGGCUGGGGACCUCGUCUCGGCCUUCGCGCUCCUGCGCAAGAUGGAUGACGAGCACAUCGCCGCCGACUGCGUCGUGCACACGGUGCUGAUUGACGGUCUGGUGAAGGCGAAGAAGCUGCGCAAGGCCUGGCGGACGUUCUGGAACAUGCGAACUUGGAAGGGCAUCGAGCCGGACGAAGUGCUGUUCACAGUCAUGAUCAAAGCCUGCGCAGUCCGCGGCGAGGCCGAGCGCGCUGUGAACCUCCUCGACGACCUGCGCGCCUCGGGGCUGCACCCGACAGACGUCACCUACUCCGAGCUCAUGCACGCCUGCUGCGACCGCAAGGACUUCGCCUCAAAGUGCUUCCACUUCUACCAGCAAAUGCUGGCGGAGGACAUGCCAAUCACCCCCGCCGUCUACGCAUUCCUUCUACGGGCGUGCGCGGCUCAGGGCAACGUGAAGCGCGCAAAGGACGUCGUCAGGCAGAUGGUGGCGGAGAACGUUCCCUUCUCGCCCUACCUCUACACACUGGUGAUUCGGGUUUUCGCCUCAGCGAUGCGGCUGCCACGGGUCAGCGACGCAGAGCGGAUCGCGAACUUGCGCUAUGCUUGGCACAUCGUGCAAGACAUGCGCGCAAAGGGCGUCAAGCUCGAGACAAAAACCCUCAACGCCCUCCUCGAGGUCUACGUCGCCGGCGGAUUUUCCCAGUACGCUGUCGAGAUGCUCAAGCACUACCACGAACUCGGGUGCGAACCCGACAUCUACACUUACAAAGCGCUGCUCACCAUGUUUGCUCGGGAUCUGAAGGACGUCGGCCGUUUUUUUGCUCUGUGGGACUUUAUGCGGCGGCACACGUCGCUGUCUCCGCCACCGGAUCUUCUUCACUUGGCGCUGAGCACUGCGAUGGACUCUCAGUCCGCCAGCCGCACAGUGAAGGUGCUUCAGGAGAUGUACGCGUUGAAGGUGUUUCCUACUCCGCAGUUGACGGAUCGUCUCGCGCGCGUCGGGCGGGAGAUCACUGCAAUUCACGAGAUGAUUGGCCUCUUUGUCAAGCUCCAGAAGCAAGACGUGUUUGAGAAGAACCGCAAGGAGCAGCAGCUGCUGCAGACGCAGAUCGACGAGCACGAGCUGAAGGUCUUUGCGAACCGCGGCGUCACUCUCCGCGCUGACCACACGCCCGAACAAGAAGUGAGGAAGGAGUUCUUCGACAAGCAGGACAAAGCCAAGAAGGCAAAGUAUGGAGGCAACCGACGGCCGUGGAUGCCCCUUGGCGAAUUCCUGCAGUCCAAGCAGAAGGGCGGAGAAAAUUUCGCCAAAAAGCACGACCGCCCGAGACCGCCCCCCGAAGUCGAGGCGUAA